ACAUUUGGUAACAAUUCGAAUACAUUGCCGACUAGUAACAAUAUGUUCGGUAGUGGUACAUUCGGAGCUAAUACUGCUUCGACGAAUAACAACGCCAGUUUUGCGUUUAACACGCCUAAACAAGAAACACCGGCGGCAUUCGGUCAAGGCGCAGCAAUAACUCCGAUGUUCGGUGCCCCACAGGCAAAUCCACAAACUCAAGCAACAUCACCAUCGUUUUCGUCUACCCCUUUGUCUAGUACAGGAUUCAAUUUUGCAUCUGCAGCUCCACCCGCUGCAGCGUCAGGAGGCUUUAACUUUGGAGGAAUGUCGUCCACACCAACUGGAGGAUUCAAUUAUAAUCCUCCUACUACUACUCCCGCAGUAGUUUUUGAUCCCGACAGUCGGCCCUCAUUCAACUUCACCAAAGGAAACGGACCGACAUCAUUUAAGUAAGUAUAUUAACUGGAAAUUCGUCAUUAUAUACAGGAUGGGUUAAAAAGAUUAACUUUUUUGUGACUCAAACGAAAUGAACACUCGACUUUUUAAAUAAUUAUUUUAUUGUA